AUGGAGGGCGUCAACGGUGCGGUGAUGCGGCUGAAGGAGGAGAUGAACCGGUUGAAGAGCGAGACAGGCAAGGGGAAUACCGAGGUCAUGAAGGAGCUUCGACGCAUCGAGACGCUCAUGAAGGAUCAUAAACGAAGCACUAGCAACGACAUGUCCGAAGUCAAGGCGAGGCUGUCAAAGGUCGAGACCGAGAUGCUUAAAAUGUUCGACGAGAAGUUAUGGAAACAGACCUUGGAGAGGAUCCUGCCGACUUUUGUCCCGUUCCACCGUGAUGGAUCCGGCAAGAUGCGCGUGGACCCCCUGUUCUGGACCGAGAUGAAGAAGAUGUUUGCUAGCGAGAGGGCUGUCACCGAUUCGGCACCCCGACAACAACCCGAUCAUCAGCCUAGCUGGAAGGACUUUAUCGAGGAGAAUGACGAAAAGCUCAAACGAUGGUUGCAAAAUUCUCUCGGCGACAAGGCCUUUUACACCGAGUCGAUGCACUCGGGCGUAUUCCAAGACUUGCUCGAUGACGAGGUAGCCAAACUCAAGCGUGAGCUCGACCAGAUGCGCACCGAGGCUCGUGAGGCUGCCGGACUCCGCUGGGGUCAAAAGGUCUCGGAUGACGUACUCGUCGAUUCGGCAUUCAGCGUACAACAAUUGAUCGACCACGCCUUGCUCACGUACUCGAAGGACACCAUCGCCAAGGCCGAUUACGCGUUGGCCAGCAGCGGAAGCACCGUCUUGAACCAUCAGACGUCGCCUUCGCUCGAACUCACCCGCCCCGGCUUCCUGGGCCGUAUGUGGGGACGAAAGGCGAGGGCUAGGGAUCCCCGCGUCGCGCUUCAAGGGCUCAACGAUCCUGGUUACUGCUGGGCCUUUGCCGGAUCCAAGGGUUCUCUAGGGAUCGGUCUCGCUAGCAGGAUCCGGGUUACCGAUAUCACCAUCGAACACGCCGCCAGGGAGUUGGUGCCGAAGUCGGCUCUGAGCAGCGCACCCAGGGAUGUCGAGAUGUGGGCUAUCCCCGCAACUCCCGAAGAACACCAGAAGAUUGAGAGUUGGCUCGAUGAUCACCAAGGCGAUCGUAUCGCUCCUGCUCCUGGAGCUCUCCUCCUCAUGACCGCGGAAUACGAUCCCCACACGGAGCGACCUCUGCAAACCUUCCAAGUUCCUCAUCAGAUUCAGGAACUCGGUGUCGUGACCGAGAACGUAGUGACCAAAUUCAACGAAAACUGGGGUGCCGAAUACACCUGUCUCUACCGAGUGAGUGGAAGACGAGUGUUAGGGAACUGCAACGUGAUGACAGACAUUGACCUGGAAUGUUCCUCAUUCAACAGCUUCGAGUCCACGGUGAACCUAUCUAAACCAUAA